AAUCAUUAGUGAGUUUUUAGGGUUUUGUCAUUUGGAGAAGAAGAAGACGACUGUACGUACCAUCGUGGUCUCUCUCUCUCUCUCUCUCUCUCUGUCGCCAUGGCAGCUGCGCUGCUCAUCCGCCUUCGUUGUUCUUCCAUCCUCUCUCGCCCUUCUUCAUCCAUCUCCAUCCGCUCCCUAUCCUCCACCCACAAUGCACCACCACCUUCACGCCGGCAUCCACCCCCUCCGCCGCACGAUUUCUCCUCGUCGUGCGCAUUUCUAGGGUCCUGGGAGAAGCCUGAUGAUCCUAGAGUGGCACAGGCGAGGCUGGAUCACCUCCGAAAGGACUAUAAGCGCCAGGUAAAGCAACUGCGGAGAGAGUACGCCCACGAUGUGGAGCUUUUGAGGGUGGAGAAGCAACGCAAGGAUGAGGCCCGGCGCGAGGCCGCUCGCCUCGCCAACGAGCAAAGAAGAGCCGCCAAGGCUGCGGCCGCCGAGACUCGUGCUGCAGAGCGUAUUGCCUUCCAGGAGGAGUUCCGUCAAACGCUUUUGAAAGAAAGAGCUGAGAAGCUGGAACUUUGGAGGGCAAGGGAAUUGCAGAGAGAGAAGAAGAAGGCUGAACAGAAAGAACUUCUGCUUCGGCAGAGCUCAAUGUGGGUUGCAGAGGAAAAAUCGGAGAAGAGGAUACUUGACGCCAUAACUGCUAUAACUGCCCUCUAGUUUUUCGCUUGUACCCUGGUUUGUCAUUGUAAAACUUUCAGUCUCCCAUGCUGUUUCUGCCCCUUGAUGUCAUAACACAGAGAAUGGUGUUUUAUGGGUUUAUCAUCACAUCCUCUCUGGUGAACUAUAUAUAGCAAAGCCUCAAAGGGAAAAAUUUUAUUAUCUCGACAAAUCUACCUUGAAGGUUUGAAUUCCAUUCAUUUGCAUUGAAGAUUAA